AUGUGUUGCCAUCAGCUCCGACCUGACAGAGAAGUUAGAGCAGCUCGAUCGGUUGCGAUAGCACAUGGAGGAGUACAACCAAUAGAUGGGUGCUGGAGGCCAGCACUACUGCCAGUUCCAGCGGCAGUGCUGCUAGUGGGGCACCAAUGGCACUAUGGCAACACCUUCCGCCGCCUCAGCAGGGGGACCAUGACGCUGACGUUGACGAUGAUGACGAAGACUACCGGGAUCUGCCACAGCCACUCAUCGCCGUCGCACCACUCCUCCAUCGCCGUCGCAGAGCUCCGGUCCUCCAUCGUAGUCGCCCAACUCGCCACCUCCACCGUCGCCCUCUCCUCCAUCGCCGUCGCCCAACUCCCCACCUCCACCGUCAUCGCCCAGCUCUCCACCUCGCCCAGCUCGCCAAUGGAACAUUCACAAAGUAACUCACAGCCACAAGAUAAUGCUGUUCAAAAUUCUCAAACUGGUUCAUCCAGAAGUAAAUCUGAUCCAGCUUGGCAGUAUUUUACAGUGAAGUAUGACAAAAAUAACAAGGCUCAAUAUACAUGUAUUUUCUGCUUGAAUACUUACAAUGGAGGGGGGAUUCAUAGAAUGAAAUAUCAUCUUGCAAAAAUUCCUGGACAAAUUAAAGUUUGUAACAAAGUAACUGAAGAUGUUGAACUUCAAUUCAAAAGGCUUUUAGAGGAAAACAAAAAAAAUAAGGCAGAAAAAAGAAAAUUUACAUCUGAUUGUUAUGAUGUGGAAAGUGAAAGAGAAGCGGAAGAAGAGGGUGAAGCGCCUAAUCCAGUACAACUUCCGGCUCCUGUAACAAUGGGAGACAAAGGAAAGAGAAGAGCGAUUGCUGCUACUCCAAUUGGAAGUUAUUUUAAGGAAAGGACUACGCCAGGCUCUCAACCAGCUUUGAAAAGUGUCUUGGCCAGUGAACAAGUUAAACACAAGGUUAAGUUGGGGCUUGCAAGAUGGAUCAUUGAUGCACAGAUUCCAUUUAAUGCAAUUCUAUUGCCUUACUUUCAACCUGCCUUGGACGGCGUUGCUGCAAUUGGUUCUAGUUUCAAGGGACCGUCGUAUGACGAAAUGAGAGUUCAUUUGUUGGCCGAUCUUAAGAAGGAGUGUCAGUUGCUUGUUGAAGGUUAUAGGAGCUCGUGGAAAAGGACUGGUUGUACACUGAUGGCAGAUGGCUGGACUGAUCAAAGGCAGCGUACGUUAAUUAAUUUUCUCGUUUAUUGUCCUGCUGGUAUGUCAUUUUUUAAGUCUGUUGAUGCUUCUGAUAUGAUAAAAACUGUCGAUACCUUGUUUAAAUUGUUUGAUGAGGUUAUUGAGUGGGUUGGGUCUAGUAACAUUGUGCAUGUGGUUACUGAUAAUGCUGCGAAUUAUGUAUCUGCUGGAAAACUCAUUCAUGAAAAGUAUCCAAACAUUUUUUGGUCUCCUUGUGCUGCUCAUUGCAUCAAUCUUAUCUUGAAAGACAUAGCAAGUCUUCCUCACAUAGCUGACCUUGCCUCUCGUGCUUCAAAAGUGACUGUGUUUGUUUACAAUCAUAUGAUUUUCUUGUCAUGGCUUAGAAAAAGAAAAGAGUGGAAAGAAAUUGUUCGACUAGGAGUAACACGUUUUGCUACUGUUUUCAUUACUUUGAAAAGUAUAUAUGAUCAUAAAGAAGACUUGCAAUCAUUGGUGAUUGACAAAUAUUUCACUUCUCAUAAAUUAUCCAAGAGUGUCAAUGGAAAGAUGGUUAGUUCAAUUAUCUUGGAUAGUAAGUUUUGGGAGGAUUGUUUUACUACUGUUAUGCUUGUUGGUCCUCUAAUUAAGUUAUUGAGACUUGUUGAUGCUGAUGAGAAACCUUCUCUGGGUAUCGUGUAUGCGGGCAUGCAAAGAGCCAAAAUUAAUAUCAAGACAAUGUUUAGAAAUAGGAAAUCUGCAUACACACCUUAUACAAGUAUCUUGAAAAUGCGGUGGGAUAAGCAUUUGAAGCGUGACCUUCAUGCAGCAGCAUACUUUUUGAAUCCAGAUUUCUUCUAUAGUGAGGGUUUUGUUGAGAAGGCAAAUAUCUUGAGGUCUUUGCUUGAUUUAUUUGAUAUUGAAAUUUUUUGCAAUGACUCGGUUGCCGCAAUGCAAGAGAUACAGUUGUAUCGAGAUCGAAAAGGAAGUUUUGGAAGGGAAAGUGCAUUGAAAGCAAUUAAGAGACUUGAACCUGGUGAAUGGUGGAGGCUACACGGUGAGAGUGCUCCUAACUUGCAAAAAAUGGCAAUUCAUCUUCUUCAUCAAACAUCAUCUUCAUCCGGCUGCGAGAGGAACUGGAGCCUCUUUGAACAAAUCCAUUCAAAGAGGAGGAACCGAUUAGAGCAUCAAAGGCUAAGUGAGAUUGUUUAUGUCACUUAUAAUCUACGCCUUCAAUCUAGAAUGCAUCGCAAGAAGAAGAAUUAUGAUCCAAUUGACAUUCAAAGCAUUGACACAGUAGAUUUUUGGGUAAUGCCGGAUGAAGAUGAUCCUGAAUUUACUAAUGGAGACAUCGAAGGCAUUGAAAAUUUAAUUUAUACGGAUAAUGCUAUGCUUUCAUAUCCUAAAGAUGGAGGAGAUGUGGAACUUGAUGUGGAUUUCCCUAAUGUUGCUGACUCUUCAAAUACAGCUUCUUUUGGUGGUACUUCUGAUGAUGGUGGCUUCGAAUUACCAGUUUAUGAUGGAGAUGUUGGAACACUUAAUGAUAAUUAUGAUUUUUGA